AUGGAGUUGGAAGAACCGCGUCAACUAUUCAACAAUCCCCCGUGGAUCCAGACGUGGUUGCAUCAACUGCGCAAUCAAUAUUCAGUGGAGCAUGAGUUGGAUGAUGGCGAAUUCCAGGAAAACUUUGUAGACAUCAUCCCAGAACCAUGGACAGUGUGCUGCUUGACGAUGGAUAUUCAUCACGACGAUCUCUACCUUGUACGCCUACGAGCUGGCGAAUCCCCGUUUGUCGUCAAAUUACCCCUGAAUCGACUUGGCUGGCGUUCAGGCGCAGAAACUGUCAACGGAAUCUACGAAAAUGCAGCCACUGAAUUCAAGGAAAUUAUUCAACAAAGUGACGAUACAAUUCACAGCAGUGCAACGUAUAUGGAAAACAAUGAUGUCGACGGUUGGUGGAAGCAGCGCAUGGCUUUGGAUCAGAGAUUAAAGAUGUUGCUCACCUCUAUUGAGCAUGACUGGUUCGGUGGUUUCAAAGGAUUACUGUGUGGGCAAUACCAAGAAGACGAAGAAGCACUGUCGCAAUUGUGCCAGAUGGUCACUCAACUGGUGUACAAGGCAGCUUACAACAUUACGGACGAUCGAUCCUAUUCGAACAAGAAAUGCAUCAAUAUCAACUCUACCAUAUGUCGUAUGCUGGUGCGUUUGGGUCCCGAUCCUUCCAGUCAAGAUCUUCAAGACGUCAUUUACUAUCUGCUGAGUUGCUACGAAAAUCAAGAUGUCAUUGUACAAUACUCGCUUGUUGACAUGCCUCAAUUGCAAGAACAAUUCGCAAGUGCCAUUCGACGAUACCAUCAGAAAGCUCGCAAGGCGGGAGUGGAUCCCAUGCAGCGUUUACCCAACGACCAUGUCAUUCUGAUUCUGGAUAAAUAUACCCAAGUAUUUCCUUUGGAAAGCUUGAAUAUCAUGCGGAAUCAAUCGGUGUCGCGUUUACCGUGUCUUUCCUUCUUACGUGAUCGCAUUCAGUACGUCCGAGCCUUCACGAACCACCAAGUCAAUACGGAGGGGGAGCAGCCUGAAGCUUGGACAGAUUUGUGCGUAGACCGAGACAGCGCGUUUUAUAUUCUCAACCCCACAGGGGAUCUCAAGCAUACCCAGAACGAAUUUGAGUCUCUUUUCAACAACAUGAAAGGCUGGACUGGACUUGUUGAAAAGCGACCCAUGGAGCAAGAAUGUCGCCAUGCCCUUCGAUCCAAAGAUCUUUACAUGUAA